GCAAGCUUCUGAACGCAGAGCCCAAAAUUACGAGCAACGCAAGUGCCAAACUCUAGGCUGCGUGCUCUAUCUUUCGGUCCUGAUUUUGUUGUUUUUACUGCAAAUUUGGCUUUUGGCGAGGUUCAGCAGCAGACAAUCCGUUCGGCAAAAGGAUAUUGAAUCUUUUUUGCCGGAACUGUGGGAUCUGCACCGGAGUGGUUAGGUGAUGGUGAUCGUGAAGCUUGGGAACAAGAACGACAAGGAAAAGCAAGGACAGGGAAUGCGACUUGGGAAAUACGAGCUUGGUAGGACUUUAGGCGAAGGCAAUUUCGGAAAGGUCAAAUUAGCUAGGAAUACCGAUUCCGGCCUACCCUUCGCAGUUAAGAUCCUCGAGAAGAGAAAGAUCAUUGACCUCAAUAUAACCAAUCAGAUUAAGAGGGAAAUAGCCACCUUGAAGCUCUUAAAGCAUCCGAACGUGGUCAGAUUACACGAGGUCUUGGCUAGCAAAACCAAGAUUUAUAUGGUCCUCGAGUGCGUGACUGGAGGAGAGUUGUUUGACAGAAUUGCAUCCAAGGGCAAACUUCCAGAAGCUGAAGGUAGGAAGCUUUUCCAGCAGUUGAUUGAUGGUGUUAGCUACUGUCAUGAUAAAGGGGUCUUCCACAGAGAUCUCAAGCUGGAGAAUGUACUUGUAGAUGCCAAAGGGAACAUAAAGAUAACCGACUUUGGCCUUAGUGCUUUACCGCAGCAUUUCAGAGCAGAUGGUUUGCUGCAUACCACCUGUGGAAGUCCCAACUAUGUGGCCCCUGAGAUUCUUUCUAAUAAAGGAUAUGAUGGUACAACAUCAGAUACAUGGUCCUGUGGGGUCAUAUUGUAUGUUAUCUUAACAGGAUAUCUUCCUUUUGAUGAUAGAAAUCUUGCAGUUCUCUACCAAAGGAUUCUCAAAGGUGAUGUUCAGAUGCCAAAAUGGCUAUCGCCUGGUGCCAAAAACAUGAUCAAGAGGAUUCUAGAUCCCAAUCCUUCCACUCGGAUAACAAUGUCUGGCAUCAAACAAGAUGAAUGGUUCAAGCAGGACUAUAUUCCAGCAAAGCCAGAGGAUGAGGAAGAGGACGUAUAUAUUGACGAUGAAGCCUUUUCCAUCCACGAAGUGGCAGACGAAACAGAAGAUAGGAGUCCAGGAUCACCAACCCUUAUCAACGCAUUUCAAUUGAUAGGGAUGUCUUCAUGCCUUGACCUCUCUGGCUUCUUCGAAAAAGAGGACGUCUCUGAGAGGAAGAUAAGAUUUACAUCCAACCUCUCCGCAAAAGACUUGGUUGAGAGGCUUGAGGACGUUGUGACAGAAAUGGGGUUUACAGUUCAAAAGAAAAAUGAAAAGGUGAAAGUGAUACGAGAGAACAAGGGGCAUAAAAGUUUAGGCAACCUUACAGUUGCAGCAGAGGUUUUUGAGAUAAGCCCAUCAUUGUACGUAGUAGAGUUGAGGAAAUCUUAUGGAGAUUCUUCUGUAUAUAGACAGUUGUGCGAGAAGUUGUCAAAUGAUUUGGGGGUUCCACCGAGAACCGGAGCGCUCGUAAGUGGAUAGGCCUUCGAGAACUGAGCUGGAAGCCAUCCAGUGUAUAUGUCUUCUUUUUGCUUCUCCCUUGGGAGGUCGCGUAGUUUUAGUAGAUGAAUUAAAGUGUCCAUAGCAAUGUAGUUCGUAAUUCAAGUCAUUAAUCGUUAGUGAUGUGCAUUUAUAUGUAAAGUGAGUUGCAAUUCGAACUGUAUAUUCAAGGAAAAACAUUCAUGACCCGUUUUUCCAGCAAAGGUUUUGGUGAAUUCAUAUCAUGUUAUAUUUAAAUUUUGGUAAUAAAAAUCGGAGUUUUGUUUUCUGAUCCACCAAA